AUGGCUUCCGAGAACAUCAUUCUCUAUCAUUACUCUUACUCCCCAUACGCUCGAAGAGUCACAUGGUAUCUCACCCUUCGCGGAAUUCCGUACGCACAAUGUGUUCAACCACCUACAAUGCCUCGCCCAGACGUGGCACGCCUCGGAAUUGGAUACAGACGCAUUCCCAUCCUCUCCAUCGGCAGAGACGUCUACCUGGAUACCCGUCUACAGUUCAUCAAGCUUGAAAACAUGGACAUUUCUCUCCCCCGCCUCGGAACAAGCCAGCCCGAUCAGCGGGCCAUCGAGCGUCUCCUCUCAACGCUGAUGACAGAUGCCGGCGUGUUCGGCUGGGCCGCCUCCCUGCUCCCCAGCGACCUGCCCCUCCUCAAGAACCCAACCUUCCAAAAGGACAGGGCGGAGUUCUUUGGCACGCAGCCUCGGCCUGACCCCAAGCACGUUGCCCUCCGCGAGGUGGCCUCCGUGUUCAACCUCCUCGAGACGACCCUCCUCGCCGACGGGAGGGACUGGAUCCUCAAGACCCCGGGCCCCGGCCUCGCUGACAUUGAGGCCGUGUGGCCGCUGCACUGGCUGGCCGGACUUCCUGGCGCCUUGCCAAAGGACAGGUUCGGCCCGCAGGUGUACCCCAAGGUCUACGCGUGGAUCCAGCGCUUCGAGGAGGCUCUUCAGCAGGCGAGGAAGAAGGCGGGCAAGCCGAGGACCGUGAGCGGCGAGGAGGCGGAGAAGUUGAUCCUGGCCUCGGAGUAUCACGAGAGUGAGGGCCCCGUGGACGAGGGGGACUUUGAGGUGGCGAAGCUAGGGCUGAGGAAGGGGGAUGAGAUUACGGUUGGGCCGACUGAUUUUGGGGCCACGAGGAAGGAUGUCGGUCGGCUGGUGAGCUUGGCCGGCGACGAGGUGGUGUAUGAGACCAAGCCGGAGGGCGAGGGGAAGCAGGAGGUGAGGGUGCAUGCGCCGAGGCAUGGGUUUAGGAUUCAGAAGGGGAGGGAGGCUGGCACGAAAUUGUGA